AUGCUCUGUUUUCAUCGCACGCUUUACACACAUAUCACUGUUUCUUUGUUUCGUGUCUUCUGCUUGAUCUUGCUGACUUGGACUGGUUCAGUUCCCCCCCCGACUUCUAAACGAAUCAAGACCUCGGCGACCACCAGCGCCCCGCCGCAUCUUCUCGCGCAACAACAAGUCCAUCCCUUCCAUCGCGUGCCAACGUUUGAAGGCAUUCCGAUCCCUACCGCUCCAAUACCCCCUCCCCAGCCCGCGACGGCGUCGCGCAAACGGCCGCCUUCGCCCGCGACCGGAUCUUCCACCAUGAUGGCUGCGCCGAUGACCCCUGCGGGUGGUGCGAUCGAGGGCGACCCGGGUGCCAUUCCCGGUGCCGUUGAAUCCACGCCCAAGAAGAAGGGAAGGACCAAUACCCCAUGGACGGCCGAGGAGGAACAGAGAUUGAAAACAAUGCGCGACGCGGGUCGUAGUUGGAGUGAGAUCGCAAAGACCUUCCCUACUCGAACCGAAGGCAGCGUGAAGAAACACUGGUAUAAGGACAUGCACUAUGCCGAAUUUGCCGAGGAUGAGUCCGCCAAGCUUCGCGAAGCCAUCAAGGAGUACGAGGCCAAUAAGUGGAAGGUCAUUGGGCAGAAAGUCGGCAAGCCUGCGAAGGCGUGCGAGCAGUAUGCCAAAGAGCACUUCAAGAAUCUCUGA